GUUGCCCAGGUCCUCACUAAUGAGCCAGGGAUGUGGUGCGUUUGGGGAGCCCGGGAGUUCCGCUGUGGCCGGUGUGUGUGGGGAGAGGGGGCUGAAGGUGGGGUGAAGGAGGGCCACGCUAGCCAGAUCCCAGCGGGUUCUGCUGCAUCUGCUCACCGAGAAGGACCGCAGAGCAGGCGGAGGGUGGCGGGGCGGAGUUCAGUGUCCAGCCUGCCAUUCUAACCUCCGGAGUCUCGUCCCACACCCACUACCUUCCCUCGCUGUCACGUCUCCUCUGUCUCGCGGGUUUGGCAUGGACCCUGUCGCCACCCACAGCUGCCACCUCCUGCAGCAGCUGCAUGAGCAGCGCAUCCAGGGCCUGCUGUGCGACUGCAUGCUGGUGGUGAGAGGCGUGUGCUUCAAGGCCCACAAGAACGUGCUGGCCGCCUUCAGCCACUACUUCCGGUAUCUUUCUGUUACCAGGAGCCUCUUUCAGAACUCUUCCAGCCAGAAGAAUGACGUGUUUCACCUGGACGUUAAAAACGUGAGCGGCAUAGGGCAGAUCCUGGACUUCAUGUACACGUCCCACCUGGAUCUGAAUCAGGACAACAUCCACGUCAUGCUGGACACCGCGCAGUGCCUGCAAGUGCAGAACGUCCUGACGCUGUGUCACACCUUCUUAAAGUCCACCACGGUGGACCAGCCCGCGGGCCUGCCGUGUAACGGCGUGUUCUCCCUGCAGGGGGCGCUGACCGCGGACGGGCCCUGUGUCCUGAGUGACAGCUACCCUCCUCACUUACUGCAGGAGUGCGCGGCGGACGCACCGCCCGCCAAGGUUCUGGAUGAGCCGCAGUCUCAGGCGCCGCCGACCGGGAGCCUUCCUCAGGCCGCAGCUGACGGCGCCAAGCAAGCCCCGGACACGCUGGACGGCGGCUGCGCUGACCUGGCUUUCCGGCAGCCGAGCUGCUACUACAAGCUCAGGAACCUUUACAGCAAGCACUGCAAGCAGGCCGCCUGCCCGAGCCACGAGCGCGUCGUGGAGCAGCCCUUCGCGUUCAGCUCCCACGCAGCCCUCGCCGCCGCCGUGGAAAACCAGCCCUGCGCCGUGGGCCCCUCCGCGUGUCUGCUGGAGUCCCCGGAGCACCUGCCUUCCAACUUCCUGGCCCAGCCUCUGAGCAGCUCUGCCCCCGACCCCGAGCCGGACGCCGGCUGCCAGCAGCCCACCAGACAGAUGAGGCUGAAGAAGGCCGUUCAUCUCAAGAAGCUGAACUUCCUGAGGUCCCAGAAGCUGCCAGAGCAGGCCUCUGCCCCCGCGGCGGCGGGCGACGCGUUAGCCCAGGGGGUGGAAGCCCCCUGCGAGAACGCCGGGGAGAAGGCCCGCAGCCAGAGUCCCCACGAACAGGAGAGGGAGGACCUGGUGCCCCCGGAGAGUGACGUGGAGGUGCCCGAGGCCCCGGGGGCGCCGGACGAGCAGGCUCAGGCCCCGCAGGCCCAGAGGCAGUACGCGUGCGAGUUGUGCGGGAAGCCGUUUAAACACCCCAGCAACCUGGAGCUGCACAGACGGUCGCAUACAGGUGAGAAACCUUUUGAAUGUAACAUUUGUGGGAAGCAUUUCUCUCAGGCAGGUAACUUGCAGACCCACUUGCGUCGGCAUUCCGGUGAAAAGCCGUACAUCUGCGAGAUCUGUGGGAAGAGGUUCGCAGCCUCUGGCGACGUCCAGCGUCACAUCAUCAUCCACUCAGGAGAAAAGCCACACCUGUGUGACAUCUGUGGUCGAGGAUUCAGCAACUUCAGCAACUUGAAGGAGCACAAGAAGACACACACGGCGGACAAAGUGUUCACCUGCGAUGAGUGUGGGAAGUCGUUCAACAUGCAGAGGAAGCUGGUCAAGCACAGGGUGCGGCACACGGGCGAGCGGCCCUACAGCUGCACUGCCUGCGGGAAGUGUUUCGGGGGCUCGGGGGACCUCCGCCGGCACGUGCGCACGCACACCGGGGAGAAGCCGUACACGUGCGAGAUCUGCAGCAAGUGCUUCACGCGCUCGGCCGUGCUGCGGCGGCACAAGAAGAUGCACUGCAGGGCGGACGCGGGCAGCCCGUGCGCGCUGGAUGAGCUGGGCGCGGCCGCGGAGGCCUCGGACCUGGACAGGUCUCGGGGCUCGGACUCCUACUCCCAGGACGUGGCGGUCACGCUGAUGCCCGUGUCCGUGAAGCUCCCGGGCCAGCCGGCAGAAAGCUCGCCGUUUGACAGCCCGGCCGCGGGCGCCUACUGCAAGCUCCGCCCGCUGGCGCCGCCUCCCGGCGUCUCGGAGCCGGAGAAGACGGGCCUGGAGCCCGAGAAGUUGGGCAAGCUGGCGCCGCCGCAGGCCUACGCCUACGCGGACGCGGACGGCACGGCGGGCGGCGAGCCGCUGCAGGCCGACGGCAUGGCCAUGAUCCGCUCGUCUCUGGCCGCUCUGGACAGUCACUGCGCUGACCCCCUGGGCGCGCGCGCGGCGUCCACGGCCUACAGGAACUCGGAGGGCCAGUUCUUCUCCAGCAUGACGCUCUGGGGGCUGGCCAUGAAGACGCUGCAGAACGAGAACGAGCUGGACCAGUGAUGGCCGCGCCCCCACGGCCGGGAGGCGGUGCGCGCUGUGGCGGGGCCUGCGGGGCCACGAGGGAGGCAGCGCCGGCCUCCGGAUGCCCUUGUCGGCCGCGCCAAGGGAGAUGGAGAUGUACCACACAGAUACUAUUUUUGUAUUUUCCAAGCUUGAAAUUUGUAGCAUCUUGUAUUUUUAAAUAUUUACAGAUUCUAUUUGUAUAUGGAACUCGUAAUUUAAUUUGAAUAAAUGAAACUUACUUUUUG